UAUCAACGAGGAUAGGGACUGCUUGCGAUGUUUCGGUUUGGUCUGUUCGUUUCGACUAUCUUGUUGUCAUGCUAUUUCUCGGAUGGAAAUCUCAUCAACUGUGGUAUAAGCACCUGUGAUACCAAUUUCUACUCUCAGACUUGCUGCUGUCGUCUACAGUACUCUACUUACGAGUACUGUUGUUCAUCUGAUAGUGAGGAUUGCCAAGAGAGCAUUACGACUGAUAGUGUUCCUUUGUGGAAUUCUCCAGACCUAUCUACACAUUGGGGGUGGUCUACUAGAUCAUCAUGGGAUUAUCACUAUGAUGACAGGUUUGAUGACUCUUCUGAUCUUGAGUGGUGGGAAUGGUUUCUUGUCUGUGUGGGAUCAGUCGGUUUCAUUAUUCUUCUUGUUACAAUUUCUGUAUGUGCUGCCUACCGGCGAUCCAGAAUUUAUCAAGCUCAGCAGUAUGUUGUUGCAGCACCACUCUUGCAACCACCCUAUGGACGUCAGACUGACUAUCCAGUGAACAUGACCAUGUAUCCUCCUUGUGGUCCUCCACCAGGCUAUUUUGAGUCUGAACCAGUACAACCAACCAGCGUGUAAAGACACCAAUUGUCUUUUUGGCAAUUAUAGACAUGUCAUAGGUAGCAGUGUGUGUGUAUGUGUGCAUGUGUACAAUAGAGGUUUAGUACUGUUUUUCUGGGAUGGUUUUAGGUGAAUGCAUUUCAGUGAAUGCUUUGCAAGCAAUACUAAUGGCUGUAUGCCAUCAAUAUUCAUGUUUAUUGCAA